AUGUUUAAGGCUGGGACAUUGCCAUUGGACAUGUACAGGUCAUCAGACCAUCCGAAAGAUAAAGUGUCGUUUGACACUGAUGCGGUCGAAAAGAAGCCGGUUAUGUUUGUUAAGUCUGCUUCAACCAUAACGUCACACGAAAAAGACGAUGAAGUUGAGGUAAGAGUUGAAGAAGACGAGGAAGUCGGGGAAGACUACGACGCAGACGAUUCAGAUUCCGAUCAUGCUACGGUUGACAGUGGCGAAAGUAAUUCACUGGGCAGUUUAACGUUUCUUCGGGUCGUCACUACUAUACACGUAGUGGACGAACGGUACGAGUUUGUCUAUCGAAUGACGAAAGUGACAAAUGUUGAUAUAA